AUGUCCGAAGGAGACCGCAACGACGACACAUCGCACUACGUGGACAGCUACGAUCGCGACGCCAUGUCGCAGGAUCGGGCUCGUUCGCGAUCGCCUAUAGCCGGCGGCGCGCCUUCGUCCGACCGAGAACGCAGGGAUUCACACCGCGACCGCUCCGAUCGAUCCGAGCGUCCCCGCAACUUUCAUGAUCGCGCCAUCGCAUCGCAGCAUGCUGCCCACGAAGCUUCAAGAAAGAGUCAGAAGAACUGCAGGGUCUACGUUGGAAACCUCAGCUACGGCGUCAAGUGGAACACGCUCAAGGACUUUAUGAGGGAGGCUGGCAACGUCGUGUUUUCCGAGGUGCUCACUCUUCCUAACGGAAGCUCCAAGGGCUGCGGUAUCGUCGAAUACAGCUCCCCCGAAGAAGCGCAGAAGGCCAUUGGCGAACUGACCAACAAGCAGCUGGAGGGUCGUCAAGUGUUUGUACGAGAGGAUCGAGAGGACGAAGUGCGUUACGGCAGCACUGCGGGUGCUCCCCCUCGUGGUGGUGGACGCGGUGGCUUUGGCGGUCCCGGUGGUCGUGGAGGCUUUGGUCCUCCUGGCCGAGGCGGCUUCUUCGGUGGUCCUCCUCCCCCUCCUUACGGCGGCUUUGCUGGAGGCGCGCCCACACAGCUCUUUGUUUCUAAUCUGCCAUAUGAUGUCAGCUGGCAGGACCUCAAGGACCUCUUCAGGUCGGCGGGCAGCGUCACGCGCGCCGAUGUCAAUAUGGGCCCCGACGGCCGCUCCAAGGGUACAGGUAUCGUUGCGUUUGGCAACUCGAACGAUGCUUCUAACGCCAUCGCCAUGUACCACGGCUACGACUUCCGCGGCCGCGUGCUCGAGGUGAGGCUGGACAAGUUUGCCGGCGCUCCGCCCAUGGAUCCGUACGGCCGAGGCGGUUACGGACCUCCUCCUCGUGGUGGACGAGGCGGCUUUGGUGGUGCGUUCGGCGGUCGAGGUGGUUUCGGAGGACGAGGCGGCUACGGCGGUGGCUAUGGUGACCCUUACGGUGGCGGCUAUGGCGGCGACCCUUACGGCGCUGGAUACGGAGGCGGAUAUGGUGGAGGUUACGGCGAUCGCUACGCGGCUCCUGCAUACAGUGGUCGACCUACGGGACCUGCCAGCGCGCGCGCCCCCGUCGCACCGGCUGCUCCCUCGCAACAAAUCUACGUCAAGAACCUGCCGUGGUCGACAUCGAACGAAGAUCUUGUCGAGCUGUUCCAGACGACGGGCAAAGUGGACGAGGCCGAGAUCGUGUUUGAGCACGGCAGGAGCAAGGGCGUAGGUGUGGUGCAGUUCGCUACGGUCGAAGAUGCCGAGACGGCGAUUGCCAAAUUCAACAACUACGUCUACGGUGGAAGACCGCUGGAUAUUGAGUUCAACCGUCGCUGGACCAACUUCCGACAAGGAGGCGGCGGCAGCGUCAAUGGCGGCAAUGAUGGAGAUGUGCCUAUUGCUGACGCCUCGGCCCAGGAGGCUCAUCCGGGCGAUGUCGACGCCGUCGACGCUGUGGACGCGCCCGUUCCUAUGCAGGGUUAA